AUGAUGUCUGAUCUUGUCAAGAUCAUGAAGGGCUCUGAUCACUUUCAGGGCGACGGAUGCGGCCACACCGUGCUGGGCCCCGAGAGCGGGACCCUCGCCUCCAUAAACUACCCGCAGACCUCUCCCAACAGCACCGUCUGCGAGUGGGAGAUUCGGGUGAAGCCUGGCCAGCGAGUUCAGCUCAGAUUCGGCGACUUCGAUAUCGAUGACUCGGAUUCCUGUCAUUCCAGCUACCUGAGGGUUCACAAUGGGAUUGGCCCCGCCAGGACAGAGAUAGGAAAAUACUGUGGCUUUGGCUUUCAGAUGGAUGGUUUAAUUAAAUCGAGAAGCAACGAAGUGACGGUGCAGUUCAUGAGCGGGACGCACACGUCUGGGCGAGGGUUUCUGGCCUCGUAUUCAACCACCGACAAGUCAGAUCUAAUUACCUGUUUAGAGAAUGCGAGUCACUUCUCUGAACCAGAAUUCAAUAAGUAUUGCCCAGCUGGAUGCGUGAUUCCUUUUGCUGAUAUUUCUGGGACUAUUCCCCAUGGAUACAGAGAUUCCUCCUCCCUCUGCAUGGCUGGCGUUCACGCGGGCGUUGUGUCGAAUACUCUGGGCGGCCAGAUCAAUGUUGUCAUCAGCAAAGGCAUUCCCUAUUACGAAGGCUCUCUGGCUAACAAUGUCACCUCAAGAGUGGGACCAUUAUCUACGAGUCUCUUCACCUUUAAGACAAGCGGUUGCUAUGGGACGCUGGGGAUGGAAUCUGGAGUAAUCCCUGAUUCCCAGAUUACGGCAUCAUCUGUCCUUGAGUGGUCUGACCAGAUGGGACAAGUGAACAUUUGGAAACCUGAGAACGCCAGGCUGAAAAGGCCAGGGCCUCCUUGGGCUGCUUUUAUCAGCAAUGAGCAGCAGUGGUUGCAGAUAGACUUGAAUAAGGAAAAGAGAAUAACAGGUAUUAUAACCACUGGGUCAACCUUACCUGAGCACUACUAUUAUGUGUCAGCCUACAGAAUUUUAUACAGUGAUGAUGCACAGAAAUGGAUGGUGUACAGAGAACCUGGCAUUGAUAAAGAUAAGAUAUUUCAAGGGAACACUGAAUAUUACCAGGAAGUUCGCAAUAAUUUCAUUCCACCUAUUAUUGCACGUUUUGUCAGGAUUAACCCCUUAAAAUGGCACCAGAAAAUUGCAAUGAAAGUGGAACUCCUAGGAUGUCAGUUUAGUAUAGGCCGUGCUCCAAAAUUUACCAUGCGGCCACCACCUCCGAACAGCAACGAUGACAAGAAUGAUGCCUUCAGUGAUGACUUCAUGCAUUCAGUGAGGACUUCACUGGAGACAGAUAAAACAACUUUCACACCUGAAAUAAAAAAUACCACAGUGACUCCCAGUGUAACCAAAGACGUGGCAUUGGCAGCAGUUCUGGUUCCAGUCCUCGUCAUGGUCUUCACUACUCUGAUUCUUAUCUUAGUUUGCGCGUGGCAUUGGAGAAACCGCAAGAAAAAAACUGAAGGUACUUAUGAUCUACCUUACUGGGAUCGUGCAGGAUGGUGGAAAGGAAUGAAGCAGUUUCUCCCCACCAAAUCAGCAGACCACGAAGAAACUCCAGUUCGCUACAGCAGCAGUGAAACUAGUCGCCUAAGACCCAGGGAAGUCCCAGCAAUGUUACAGACAGAGGCUGCAGAGUAUGCCCAGCCGCUGGUAGGGGGGCUGGUCGGCGCACUGCAUCAGAGAUCCACCUUCAAGCCRGAGGAGGGCCAGGAGGGGAGCUACGCCGACCGGGACCCGUACAGCUCCCCCGCGCCCGAGCUCUAUCACGCCUACGCCGAGCCGCUGCCCAUAACGGCGCCCGAAUACGCCACCCCCAUAGUCAUGGACAUGUGCGGCCACGGCAGCGCGCCGCUCGGCGCCGCUCCCGUUUCCACCUUCAAGGCCGCGGGGGCCCAAGGCGCUCCGCCAGCAGGACCCUACGACAGCCUCUCGUGUCGGACAGAGAGCCCCGCGGCAGCGCGGGCGCUGUACGAUACCCCCAAGGGGCAGCCGGGGCCCGGCGCCGCGGCCGAGCUGCUCUACCAGGUGCCGCAGGGGCUGCCCCAUCCCGCCGGCGACCGGCCCAGGUAGCCGGGCGGCUGCGCUGGGAAAGCCACCCCCUCUCCUUUUGGAAUCACUCUGUCUUAAUGUUCUUCGUCUUAAUACGGUCGAAGCAAAACACGUGACAAGGGAGGUCUGGGAAAAGCRGCGAUCCUGCCUUUCCCGUUGUAUGCGAGUCCGCCUUGUCUCCGGAGAAGCCAAGGACUUCUGUUUUCUACAGUUGUCUGUCAGCAAUGAAGGAACUUUUCGAGAUUUACUUCAGCGAUGUGAAUUAUCAGUUGGGAGAAGCAGCUUGAAGUAGGAAAGUCAGUAAUAUAGGUCUUGCUAAUGGUACUAUUUCUUAAAGAACAAGCAAGCAAAAAUCUCCUAAACUCUAUAUGGAAGYGCGAGGGACUCCAAAGUUCAUUUUCCCUUAAGGAAUAGCUGCACAAUAUUCCAAAAACACAUUAGUUGAGACUGAUGGCAGAAAAAACACAUUAACAUCUUGAGAAAGCAGUCUCAGUGCUAAUCUACAUUAUUCCAAUAAUGUAUUCUGCAUUAUUCCGUUUUGUUCACAGAAAUGGGAAUCACCGUGUGUGUGUGUGUGUGUGUUCCUCACAUGCUUUCCACGCCAGUUUUAUCAUCUUUCUGAAACCAGAAUCUGGUAGCUCCAUAGUUUUUCUCCUCCGUCUAGUCUCAAGCCACUCAGCCCCGUUACUUUCCAGAGGAACGGUAGGCACAGACUAAGGUUUUAAGGAAACUCCAAAGCAACUGGCCCUGUGUCUGCCUUGAACCCAAACCUCCCCCCAAGCAGACAGGCGGCAAGAAGCUUCCAGGUGCUCAAGGAGACCAAAUUUGAGAGUUUUUUCCCCCUCGAGGUGUCUGUUGUUGUGUGUUUGAAGAUGUGAGCACAUACAAAGAAAGAGAUGUGCCUACUUUGGUGAGUCCAUGCGGAAGGACACAAAUACCCAAACAGUGCCUAGAGCUCGGGUUGUUCUACCUGCAGUUUGCACAUCAGGCACAUCUCAGCACAAUUKCAAAGCUUGGCCCUAGGGCAUUUUUUUUAAUGAAUGUUCCUUAUUAGAAGUAUAAAAGACUCCAAAACCUUUGCUUAGAUGCAGGCUGAUUUCAAGUGUGCUAAUUUCAGAAGCAUUUAAUUGAGUAUAUAGCCUUUGAAUGUUCCAGUUUUCCCAACCGUAAACGUUGUGGCCCAUCUGAGAUAACAUAGGCUAGUUUUAUUUAGGUGAUCACCUAAUGAAAACAAUUCUGAUGCCAUAU